AUGUGUAAUGCUGUGGAUAGUGGCGCCAUGCAAUAUACAUUGGAUCGGUCACUUGAAAUUCGCGGAUAUUUGUCGAAAAACGUCUCUGUUCGACGUGGUGAUGUGAUGAGCGCCUGGUCAGGACUUCGACCUCUGGUUCGCGAUCCAAACAAAAAGGAUACGAAAAGUUUGGCAAGAAAUCAUAUCAUUGAAAUAUCGGAAUCUGGUUUGGUAACAAUUGCUGGGGGCAAAUGGACAACAUAUAGACAUAUGGCUGAGGAAACGGUUGAUGCGUUUGUGAAGGCCAAUGACUUGAAACCAACCAAUGGUUGUGUUACGGCUGGCUUAAUGUUGGAAGGUGCACACGAAUAUGAGCCGUUGAUGUAUAUUCACCUUGUACAGGACUACGGCUUAGAAGUUGAUGUAGCUCAGCAUUUGGCGCAUACGUACGGUGAUCGUGCAUAUGUCGUAGCAAGAAUGUGUAAACUAACAGGCAAACGUUGGCCAAUCAUUGGACAACGACUUCAUCAGGAAUUUCCCUACUUAGUUGCAGAGGUACGAUACGCUAUCCGUGAAUAUGCGUGCACUGCUGUGGAUGUGAUAGCGAGACGAAUGAGACUUGCUUUCCUGAAUACGUAUGCUGCUCACGAGGUUCUGCCUGAAGUUGUACGUAUUAUGGCUGAAGAACUUGGCUGGUCAUCAGCAGAGCAGAAAGCGCAACUUGAGCGUGCUCAAACCUUCAUCGAUUUGGAGAUGGGUCAACUUGCCAAACAACACGCUGCCAGCAAUGUUCCAAUUAAUCUAACUAGUGAGGAAAUUAAAACAGCGAAAGAGCGGUUCAACAUCUUGGACAAGGAUAAGAAGGGGCACAUCACUGUUAACGAUCUUAGACGAUACUUUAGAGAACGUAAUGAGAAGAUUGAUGAACGUGUACUACAUGAACUGCUGAAUGAAGUCGACUUGAAUAAGAACGGUGAGAUCGAGAUCGCUGAAUUCUUCCAGCUGUACUCUGGACUAAAAGGUGGUCAGAUAAGCGGUAAUCGCCUAGUACGAUAUCUAGACGAGAUGCAUACACCAAGCGUGAAUCGAUCCGGAGGAGGAGUGUAG